AUGAAGCAUCAAUGGCGAUUGCUUCUUCUACGGACUUACCGUUCUUCUCAUCGUCCAUUUAUUUCUCAUUACUCCCGUUUCCAGGUAAUCUCCAAUUCCACUCGAUCCUUCUCUUCUUUCCUCCAUGGAAUUUCUGGGUUAAGAGAUUUGCAACAAAGUCAAUAUCUUCUUGCUUUGCGACCGCCAUUGUCGUCGAGCUCUAUUUCCCGAAGCUUUUCAACUGAAGAGAAACCUUCUAUUGAAUCUGUUGUGAUUGAUGUUUUUAGCAGAUUGAGUGGUAAAGAUGAGAUUAGUAAAGAGCUUGAUUCGAUUGAUAUUGUGAUUAGUCAUGACUUAGCUUUGAAAGCUCUGAGGUCGCUUGAAUCAAGGCCUGAUGUUGCAGGAAGGUUUUUCCAUUGGGUUUUGGAAGCUUCUCCUAGAAAACUUUCGUCAAAGAGUUAUAACACGAUGUUGCGCAUUCUGGGUCUUAAUGGACUUGUUGAUGAAUUUUGGAGUUUGGUCGAUGAUAUGAAGAAGAAAGGGCAUGGUGUAUCAGCUAAUGUUAGGGACAAAGUUGGUGAGAAAUUUCAGAGAGAUGGUUUAAAAGGUGAUUUGAAUAGGCUUAAAGAGCUUUUCGCUUCGGGUUCUAUGGAUAAUUCUAUGGAUAAGGUUUGCAAUAGGGUGUGUAAGAUUGUGAUGAAGGAUCAGUGGAAUGCUGAUUUGGAGAAACAGCUAAGGGAUUUGAAACUCGAGUUUAACAGCGAGCUGGUGAAGAUGAUAGUGGAGAAACUUGAUGUUGAACCGAGGAGAGCGUUGUUGUUCUUUCGGUGGGUAGAUGAGUCUUGUAGCUUUAAGCAUGAUGAGAAGACGUACAACGCUAUGGCCAGGGUUUUGGGGAAAGAGAAAUUUCUUGAUAGGUUUCAAAACCUUAUUGAAGAAAUAAGAAGUGCUGGUUAUGAAAUGGAAAUGGAGACAUAUGUCAGGGUCUCAGCUAGGUUCUGUCAGACUAAAUUGAUUAAAGAAGCUGUUGAAUUGUUCGAGUUUGCAAUGGCGGGUAGCAACACACCCACUGCACACUGCUGCAGUUUACUGCUCAAGAAAAUUGUUAGUGGCAAGAAACUGGACAUGGAUUUGUUUUCAAGAACUGUGAAAGCUUAUACCGGAAAUGGCAACGUUAUGACGGAUGCUAUGCUGCAAAGUAUUCUCAAGUCUUUGAGAAGCGUUGAUAGGUUUGAACAGAGCAAUGAGGUCUUGAAAGCGAUGAAAGAAGGCGGCUAUAUUCCAAACAGUGAUCUGCAGAGUGUGAUUGCAUCGGGACUUAGUCGUAAGGGCAAAAAAGAUGAAGCUAAUGAACUCGUGGAAUUUAUGGAAGCCACUGGAAACCAUCUGGAUGACAAAGCAAUGGCAUCUUUAGUUGAAGGGCAUUGUGAUGCUAAAGAUCUCGAAGAAGCUUCAAAGUGUUUCAAGAAGAUGAUUGGCAAAGAGGGAGUCUCUUAUGCGGGUUAUGCGUUCGAGAAGUUGGUAGUUGCUUAUUGCAACAGUUUUCAGGCAAGAGAUGCAUACAAGCUUUUCACCGAGCUAGUGAAACAAAAUCAGUUGAAACCUUGGCACAGUACGUACAAAAUAAUGGUGAGGAAUCUAUUGAUGAAGAAGGUAGCAAGAGAUGGUGGGUUUGAAGAAGCUUUGAGUCUUUUACCCCUCAUGAGAAAUCAAGGUUUCCCUCCUUUCGUGGACCCAUUCAUCGAUUACUUAUCAAGUAGUGGAACAGGCGCGGAAGCUUUCACUUUUCUAAAGGCUGUAACCUCAAAGAAGUUUGCAUCUAAUUUAAUGGUUCUGCGCGUAUUUGAAGCUAUGCUGAAGUGUGCAAGGCAUAGUGAAGCUCAGGAUUUACUGGCUCUAUGCCCUAGUUAUAUCCGUCGCAAUGCAGAUGUUCUACAUCUUUUCAGUUCCAUGGAACCUGAUCAAUGUUCUUUAGAGAAACCUCUAACCGCUCCCGCUCAAAUCGAAGCCUAG